UUGGCGGCCCUCCGCGUGCGCAGUUCUCGGGUUGUCGCGCGGCGAGACCCGGUCGCCGCGGGCCGCGCUCCCUCACGAAGCCUGGGCCUCGUGGGGAAACCGAAGCCGGGGGGCUGCGCCCCUCUGCAGCCGUCCGUGGGCGUGGGCGUGUGCGCGCGCCGCCCAGGCCACCGAGCCAACAUGAGUCUGUUUGGGUCAGCCUCUGGAUUUGGGACUGGUGGGACCAGCAUGUUUGGGAGCACAACCACAGAUAAUCACAACCCAAUGAAGGAUAUCGAAGUAACGUCUUCUCCUGAUGAUAGCAUUGGUUGUCUGUCUUUCAGUCCACCAACCUUACCAGGGAAUUUCCUUAUUGCGGGAUCAUGGGCUAAUGAUGUUCGCUGCUGGGAAGUCCAAGACAGUGGACAGACCAUUCCGAAAGCCCAGCAGAUGCAUACUGGGCCAGUGCUUGACGUCUGCUGGAGUGAUGAUGGGAGCAAAGUAUUCACAGCAUCGUGUGAUAAAACAGCCAAGAUGUGGGACCUGAACAGCAACCAGGCCAUUCAGAUAGCACAGCAUGAUGCUCCUGUUAAGACCAUACAUUGGAUCAAAGCCCCGAACUACAGCUGUGUGAUGACGGGGAGCUGGGAUAAGACUCUGAAGUUUUGGGAUACCCGGUCAUCAAAUCCUAUGAUGGUCUUGCAACUCCCUGAGCGCUGUUACUGUGCAGAUGUGAUAUACCCAAUGGCCGUGGUGGCCACUGCAGAGAGAGGCCUGAUUGUCUACCAGUUAGAGAAUCAGCCUUCUGAGUUCAGGAGGAUAGAGUCUCCACUGAAACACCAGCAUCGAUGUGUGGCUAUUUUUAAAGACAAACAGAAUAAGCCGACAGGUUUUGCUCUGGGAAGUAUUGAGGGCAGGGUUGCCAUUCACUACAUCAACCCUCCAAACCCGGCCAAAGAUAACUUCACCUUCAAAUGCCAUCGAUCCAACGGCACCAACACUUCAGCGCCUCAAGACAUCUAUGCAGUGAACGGAAUUGCCUUCCAUCCUGUCCAUGGCACCCUUGCUACUGUGGGGUCUGAUGGUAGGUUCAGCUUCUGGGACAAAGACGCCAGGACAAAACUGAAGACUUCGGAACAGUUAGACCAGCCCAUAGCGGCUUGCUGCUUCAAUCACAAUGGAAACAUAUUUGCCUAUGCUUCCAGCUACGACUGGUCCAAGGGACAUGAGUUUUAUAAUCCUCAAAAGAAAAAUUACAUUUUCCUGCGUAACGCAGCUGAAGAACUAAAGCCAAGGAAUAAGAAGUAGUGGCCUGAAGCUGGGGGCCGUUGGAGUUUCCUGUCCACAACAGGUCAUCUCUGCCCAAAUUUGGGCCAUAGCUGUGGGUGGCCGCAGUCCUGGAUGUGGCUCUUCACCUCUGGAGGGACUGAUCUUGUUCAGCGUUAGCCCAGCAUCCUGGCGACUUGCCUUCUCUCCAUUCCACUCCCUGCUGCAGCUUUCCUGUAACGCUAGGGGAACUGAGAUUCUCACUGAAGUCCAAUCUUUUGGACAUUGUGUCGUCCAGCAGCGUUGUAUUUGACAGUGUUGGGUGGGAACUGUUGAUGAGCCCUGUACUGUGUUUUAUAAUAAAAUAUUUUGAAGAAGG